AUAGCUGAGCGUCACGGAGAGAGAGAGGGGGGGAGAGAGAGAGCCCGCGCACCGACGCCGGCAAUGGAGCAGUGGAGGAACAUGGCCGCGAAGGCGUCGGCUCGCAGCUUCACCUACAUCAACGAGACGAAUGCAGUAGUCGAGGCCAUCAAUGGCGCCCGCCAGCAGUACCGCCUGGCCGCCGAGGACUGUCGCAGAUUCCGCCCGGGCGUGCAUCCCCUGCCCAACACCGGCCAGGGCGCUUCAGCAGGCGGCCUCAUCAUCGACCUCGCCAUCGGCCGGAUCAAGCGCAUCAGCAGGUUCCACGCCGUACUGGGCAACGUCUUCUCCCUCUGCGUUGCGCACAUCGGUCUCCAAGCCAACACGCCGUGCUGGUGGGACAGGUGGCAACUCCACCGCGCUGACGCUGCCCGCCACGCGGAGACGGCGCUGCAGUGGCUACACUCCGCCAAGUCGCACGGCCAUGCGGCCGUCGGCGUCUUCCACGUCAUGCUCAGGCCGCCAUCGCCGCGAGCAGUCGCCUACGCCUGGGCACCCGCGGCAGAGCAGCUCCUGCGCCGCGCGAAUGACGAUCUGGCCAUGGCGGAGGCCGCGGUGGAGCGGAUGCGACCGGCCAUUGUGGCCCAGUACUCCGACGCAUGUAUGCUUCUGCAUGGAUGAUCGCGCGUGCGGCAUUGCAAUCACCAAUCUCUCUUCUCUGUUUUGUUCAUCCAUACCUGCAUGCCCGAAUGGACUUCUUCACGGCCUCGGCUUUACGUUGAUCAAGUUUCAGAUGCUAUGUUGAUCUGUGAUUACGGUGUAGACGAACGUGCUCAAAGAUUAGACGAACGCUGGCAGAACUGCACUGCACGUACGUUCAACGGUCUGUAGUUUGUACUAGCUACCACUGUAACUUAUUUCUAUAAUCUUCUUUAAACUC